CCCAAAACUCUUCAUCACACACACACACACACACUAGUCUUUCCCAAAAUCACACUCACUCACUCCCUACCGCCGGCCACCUAGAAACCACCGUUAAGUUGUCAACCCCGUUUACCUUGAAAUCGAGUUAUUGAAGGUUCUGAUUUCAGCGUUUGGGGUUGUUAAUUCUCGAUCUUGCAAUUAUAUUUCUCCUGACAAAAAGUCCACAUGGAAAGAAUCUUUCAAAGUUUGUCGCAGAUCUUCUUACGUUUGAAGGGUCUUAUCUUUGGGAGUAGAGCAUCAGAUAAACCGAUCACAAGUGCAGGAGAUAACCAACUCCCUUCAUCUGUACAUGAAGUCAUCUCCGACGAUGACCUUUUAACAGAAAUCUUGCUCCGAUUGCCUGUUGUCCCAACUCUUUUGCUCACAUCUGUGUCUAGGCGAUGGUUAUCACUAAUCACAGACCCUAGUUUCACCCUUCGCCGGAGCGAAAUCUCUUACCUCGACCCCCCGUCUGGUCUCUUUAUUCAGAAACCUCCACCUUCAUCUGUUCAAAAUGCUUACUUUGAAUAUGCUUAUGUGUCGUAUGAUACCAAAAUUUCUCCUAAGUUGAUCACCCCCUUCCCUUUUGGCUCCCAGGGGAAUGUUGAGAUUGUGCAGUCAUGUAAUGGGUUGCUACUCUGUCGUGACCGUCCUGAGGAAUAUUGGGUGUACAAUCCAUCCUUAAAUCGGUUUCAUAGAAUCCCGGAACGUCCCUUUUGGUUAUCCAUUCUUGGCAUAAGGCUGGUGUUCGAUCCCACCAAAUCACCUCACUACACCGUCAUGUGCUCUGGAUUAAGAAAUAUGUACAGUUACUCUUCAUCUUCAGAAACACAUAAUUGGAGUGAUUGUGGUGCAGUGUUUACCUUUGAAAGUGGUCCAAAAUUUUCAUCAGGAGUAUAUUGUAAUGGUGCUAUUCAUUGGCUCAAUCCUAUUGGGGUUGUACAUUACAGAUUGGAUGUAAAUGGUCUACUGGUUACAAGCAUACCAACCUCGUUAACCUUUGAUGCGGAGUCGCAUCCUCUUAAAUACAAGCUGUUCGCAUUCGGUGAUUCUUUGUUUCUUGUUUGUAUAGUUCGGAGACUCAUUUCUAUCUAUUCCAAAUACUUGGAGGUUUACAAGAUGAGGAAUGCAUAUUCUGAGUGGUCGUUGAAGUACCAAGUGACUCUCAAGAGCAUUACGAGGAAGUUCACCAGAAGCUGGAAUAUUUUUACCCAGGAGCUUCCUUCCGAUCUUUUGGAAAUUGGUGAGGGAGAAAGAGAAGAGGACUUGUUUCUUGUGAUGAAAUUAUCUGGACAGGUGGUUAAAUACAGUUUUGUAUCGAAGACCCUCGAUGUCCUCUUUGACUUUGGAUCAGUUCCGCUUAUUGAACCAACAACAAUAGCUUCUUCUUCUUCUUGCUUUCCUUUCAUUGCUUCUUUUGCUACUGUGUGAUUUGUCUACCGUUUCAACUUUCAAGUAUGCUUUUUAUUAUGUUUUGCUGCCCCUUAAUUAAUCAUUGUGCUAGAAUAGCUGUGAUCUAUUAGAUCACUCUUUUAGUUGGAAUAUAUAAGGAGGUUUCAAUGGAAAUGGUGAAUGUAAAAGCUCCUACAAGCUUAUAUAAGUUUGUUUCAACUCUGAUGUUUAUUUACUCCACGAAUUUACUGCAAAGGCUGGUAUGAAUCUUAAUUUUGGUGCUCUAAGCUUAU